AUGCUAUCGGCCGCGCAGUCGCCGACGCCGGUGCUCUCGGCGCCGGCCCGAGCGCCGGACCACAUCCGGCCGCUCCUCUGGAAGAACUUCCUCCUCAAGAAGAAGCAUCCGGUCAAGUGGGCGCUCGAGAUGAUCGUCCCCGUCGCCUUCAUCAUCCUCCUCGGCGGCCUCAAGCACCUCAUGGACGACGUCAAGGUCCCAUCGGGCUGGGCGGAUGAGACCAACCCGCCGGGUGACAAAACUCUUGGGACGGGCUACAACCUGUACGCGACGAGCCGCCUCAUGAAUGCCACGUACUCCAAGUACUACACGACCGAGUCGACGAUGGCCGCGCUCCUCAUGAACCUCGCAGUGCAAGCGUUCCAGAACGCGCAGUCGAUGGCCGACUUUACGCUGACGCAGAACCUCUCGUGCUCGGCCUUUGUCGUGCAGGGCAAGGUGAGCCUCGACCCGACCUCGCCCAACGCGGUGCCCAAGGAAUGCAUGGGCCGCGUCGUGCCAUGGAAGAUCGCCGUCGUGCCCGAUACGGCGUUCACGCGCAACUACUUUGCGAAAACGAUUGCGGCGUGGCAUCCGGCCGUGCCCCUCACGAACACCUCGAGCAUCAUUGGCAAGCCGACGAUUCCGGCGUUCGGUGACUCGAUCAUCUUCUUCUCGGACGAAGCCACGCUCGAGUCGCAUGUCACAGACAACCUGUACGGCAAGGAUCUGGAUCAUCCGCGGAUUCACUCGGCGAUCGUCUUCAACACACCACCGGCCGAGGCUCAAAUUGGGUCGGCGGUCUCGCUCGACUACUCGAUUCGCCUCAACUCGACGCUUGGCAAGGGCGGGAUCCCGGGCGACGUACCGCGGACCAACCUUCCCGCGUUCGACCCGCUCCAAAAGUCGAUCGCGGUCACGAAUUACCAGAAUUACGCGCUCACCGGGUUCAUGACGCUCCAGACGCUCGUGACGCGCUUCGCCUUGUGCCAACCGACGUACGUGAAUGGCGCGCCGGGCAACUGCACGAACGCCAAGACGACGGCGCUUGCGUCGCCGGAGCUCGAUGCGCGGCUGUUUGGCCAAGUCCAAAAUGACUUUACGCUGCAGACGAUCGCGGGCUUCUUCAACAAGCUCUCGCCGACCAAGAUCAACUUGGACCAGAUCCCAGAAGCGUCCAAGCAGGCGCUGUUGACGCCACUGCGUCAGGCGCCGCAGCCGUACUUUGGCCAAGCCGUGUACCCGUUCCCGAUCCAGGGCUACACGUCGUCGCCCUUCUACACGAGCGUCUCGUCGUUCUUUGCCAUCAUCUUUAUCAUCUCGUACCUCUUCUCGAUCUCGUCGAUUCUCGUCGCGCUCAUUACCGAGAAGGAGAACAAGUCGCGCGAGCUCAUGAAGAUCCUUGGCGUCCACGACCGCGCGAUCAUUUGGUCGUGGUACAUAACGUAUGGCGCCAUCUUUGUCGUGGCCGCGAUUCUCCAAGCCGCCGCGAGCAAAGCCAACCUCUUCUCCAACUGCAGCGUCGUGCUCGUCUUCAUCUUCUUCCUCCUCUUUGGCUGGAGCGUCCUCGCGUUCGGCUUCAUGGUGUCGUCGGUCUUCUCCAAGUCGCGCAUUGGCACGUACGUCGGCAUCAUCCUCUUCUUUGUCAUGUACCUCAUCACGUCCGGCUUCUCGGCGACGACUGCCGAGUCGACCAAGAACGCCAUGUGCAUCUUUGCGCCCGUGGCCAUGGCGUUUGGGGUUCAGACCAUGGCCAACGCGGAGGCGAGCUCGCUCGGGAUCACGUUCGGCAACGUCAACGAGCCGUACCAGAACUUUCGGUUCUCGACGAGUCUGUACUACAUGGCAUUUGACAUUGUGCUCUACACGCUUCUCGGUCUCUACCUCGAGAAGGUUGUGCCCAAGGACUAUGGCAUCACGGAGAAGUGGUACUUCCUCGUCUCGCCGUCGUACUGGCGCAACAAGCGCAGCGCCGGUCUCGUCCAGACCAACCUCAACGUCGACGACGCGGCGUACGUCGAGGGUGCGGCCCACGACGCCAUCGAGCCCGUGGGGAUGGAGCUCAAGGCGCAAGAGGCGAGUGGUGAAGCACUCCAGAUCCGCCAGCUCCGGCGCGAUUUCAAGGUGCCGGGUGGCAUCAAGGUCGCUGUGAAGGGCCUCGACCUCACCAUGUACAAGAACCAGAUCACGUGUCUUCUGGGGCACAACGGUGCGGGCAAGACGACGCUCAUCUCGAUGCUUACCGGUAUGAUUCCGGCGUCGGGCGGUGACGCGACCUUCAACGGCCUCUCGCUGCGCAACGACCUCUCGGAGCUGCGCCAGUCGCUGGGCAUGUGUCCGCAGCACGACGUGCUCUACGCCGAGCUGACGGUCGAGGAGCACCUGAUCUUUUACGGCCGCAUCAAGGGCUUCUCGGGCAAGGCGCUGAAUGAAGAAGUCGCCGACAAGAUUGCUGAAGUCGGCUUGACGGAGAAGCGCCAUGUGGCGUCGAGCGAGCUCUCGGGCGGCAUGAAGCGCAAGCUGUCGCUGGCGAUCGCGCUUCUCGGGGACAGCAAGAUUGUCUUCUUGGACGAGCCCACGUCUGGCAUGGACCCGUACUCGCGCCGGUCGAGCUGGGAGAUCAUCAUGAACAACCGCAUGAACCGCAUCGUGGUGCUGACGACCCACUUUAUGGACGAAGCCGAUAUCCUCGGCGACCGGAUUGCCAUCAUGGCCGAAGGGCAGCUGCGCUGCGUCGGCUCGUCGCUCUUUCUCAAGAACCGGUACGGCGCCGGCUACAACUUUGCGCUCGUUCGCACCGAGACGUGCGACACAACGGCGCUGAUUGCGUUUGUCCAGUCGCACAUUCCGGUCGCCAAGGUGCUCUCAAACGUCGGGACAGAGAUGUCGUUCCAGCUGCCGCUGGAUCACGCGCCGUCAUUUGCAGCCAUGUUUGCGGAUUUGGAAGCGCAGAGCAGCGACCUCGGUGUCCUCUCGUACGGUAUCUCGGUCACGACGCUGGAAGAGGUCUUUAUCAAGGUGGCGGAGAUUGGCGACGAGCACCAGCAGCACACGCUCCAGCCCCGCAAUGAUGCGAGUCCGCUCCUCUCGCCCGCCGGCUACAAGAUCAACACGGCCGAGGCGCCGCCGAGUCGGCUUCGCAUGUUUGGCCGUCACUUUGUCGCACUCUUCAAGAAGCGCUUCCGCACGGCCAAGCGCGACAAGAAGAUUGUACUCUUUGGCGCUGUGCUUCCGGUUGUCUUUUUGAUUCUCGGCAUGUGCAUUCUCAAGUUCAGCUCGCUCUCCAAGAACGACGCGGCCAUGUCCAUCAACCUGCAGAGCUACGGCAGUUCGACGCCGGUGCCCGUGACGUGCCAAGGUGACGCAGCGUGGUGCGCGGCGUUCCCAGCUGCGUACGCGGCUGGUAAGGUCUCGCUUCUCUCAGUGCCGACGCCAGCGUAUCCGACCAACAACCCGACCGUGUUUGGCAUCACGUACACCAACCCAGCGAUCGCAGCCAAUGACACGACUGGCAUCUGCCUUGCCACUGGCUACGAGGUGUACCAGCGCGGCUACGGUGGGGCCGGAGCGACGUCGGUGCUCGGUCAACUCGGCGGCUACGUGCUCCAGGCGUCGUCGGUCGACAACACGUACGGCUAUAACGUGCUCAUCAACACGACGGCUGUGCACGCGGCGCCCAACUACAAGGCGGCGAUUGACGAGACGCUGUACCAGCUCUUUACGCAGCAGCCUGGCAUCACGCUCAAGGUGACGAGCCACCCGCUGCCGCUGACCGCCAUGACCAAGACGCUCUUCACGACGUUCAUGUCAUUUGCGACGUCGAUCUUUGUCGUGCUCGCGUUCGCCUUCUUCACGGCGUCGAUUGUCCCGUAUCUUGUCAACGAGAAGCACCACUCGCACAACUCCAAACACCAGCAGCUCGUGUCGGGCGUGAGUCUUCCGGCGUUUUGGCUCGCCAACUUUGCGUGGGACAUGCUCCUGUUUAUGAUUCCGUGUGUCAUCGGUCUUGUUGCGAUCUACCUCUUUGACAUUACGCCUUUCACGGGCCACGACUGCUUUGGUUGCGCGGCCAACCCGUUCGGCGCCGUGAUUGCGCUCUUUGUACUUUUGGGUUUUGCGCUCUGCUCGUUCUGCUACUGCCUCUCGUACCUCUUUUCGGAGCCGGCGUCGUCCCAGACGUACACGAUAAUGACCAACAUCGCGCUCGGCACGGUCCUCAUGACGGUCUCGGUCGUUCUCGACGUCAUCGACUCGACAAAGGACAUCAACCCGUCGCUCAAGUUCAUUUGGCGCCUCUCACCGCUCUUUUGCGUCGGUAACGCGCUCAACCAGCUCAGCAUCUACACGAUCCGGUCGACGUUUGGCCGCACGACCAAGGAAGUGUCGUCCUUCAGCACCGACGUCAUUGGCUACGAGAUCAUGUACCUCGCCAUUGAAGCUGUGCUCUUCCCGAUCCUCGCGAUCGGCAUCGACUAUGCGCUCAGCUUCCCCAAGAUCAAGGCCAAGCUCUCCAAGGACCCGGUCAUCGUCGACGCACCAGUGGACAUUGACGUCGACGUCCAAGCCGAGGCGGAUCGCGUCAACAGUGGUCGCGCCGACAACGACGCUGUCGUCAUGCGCAACCUCCGCAAGGUCUACAAGGGCGGCAAGGUCGGUGUGUCCAACAUUGCGCUCGCUCUGCCCAAGGGCGAGUGCUUUGGGUAUCUCGGUAUCAACGGUGCUGGCAAGACGUCGACGAUGAAGAUGAUGACGGGCGACGUGCUCCCGACGUCGGGCACGGCGACGCUCGGCGGCUUUGACAUUCUGUCGCAGCAGAUCGAGGUGCGCCGGCUCAUGGGCUACUGCCCGCAGUUUGACGCGCUCAUGGAUCUCCUCACGGUCCGCGAGCAUUUGGAGCUCUUUGCGGCGAUCAAGGGCGUGCCGUCCGGUCGCAUCAACGAUACCGUCGCUGAGAAGAUGACGCAAAUGAACCUCAACGACUUUGAGCACAAGCUCGCGGGCACGUUGAGCGGUGGCAACAAGCGCAAGCUCUCUGUCGCGAUCGCCAUGAUUGGUGCGCCGCCCAUCAUCUUCCUCGACGAACCGUCGACCGGUAUGGACCCGGUCUCGCGCCGCUUCAUGUGGGACGUGAUCGCCGACAUUUCGACGCGCUCGAAAGAGUCGACGAUUCUCUUGACGACCCACUCGAUGGAAGAGUGCGAAGCGUUGUGCACGCGUGUCGGUAUCAUGGUCGGUGGCCGCCUCCGCUGCCUCGGCAGCAUCCAGCACCUCAAGCACCGGUUCGGUGACGGCCUCAUGAUGCACAUCAAGCUCGCGCACGUCCCGGGCGAUGCGAUCCUGGACUUUGUCGAGCGCGAGUUUGGCGCGACGCCGACACUGAGCCUCGAAGACGCGCAGGAAGCGUGCCGCCGCCUUGGCAAGCCGCAGCGCAGCAGCUGCAUCGCGAUGGACCACGCGACAGGGUACACACUCAUGGAGUCAAUCGCGAAGAACCAGUACAUCCGCGCCCGCGACUUUUGCACGUGGUGGCUCACGGAAGACCGGUUCGAGGCGUUCAACGCCUUCUUGGCGACCGCGAUGGGGGCUGGUCAUGCGCAGCUGCUCGAGCGCCAGAACGACGUCGCGCGCUUCAAGCUCGUGAGCCCGACCACGUUGCUCCUCUCGUCCGUCUUUUCGAUGCUCGAGGGCUGCAAGGCCGCGUACCACGUUGAAGAGUAUACGGUGGCGCAAACGACCUUGGAGCAAAUCUUCAACAACUUUGCGAGCCAGCAGACGCAAGAGAAGGGCGUCGCGCGCGGCAUGGUCGUCCCGACGUCCGAGGUGCAUGAAGACUACGUCGCUGUGCGCUAGCUGCCUUUAUAUUUUAUACAUACUCUCGUAGUUUAAUGGUAUCUUUGUUUCAACUGGCGUCGGCAGACGACUUUGU